AAAAUCAGCUGUUUGAGGAAAAAAAUAUUUUGGUGAUAAAAAAAUACUGUUUGGUGUUUAGUAUUUAUUAAUUUUCUGUUUUGUUUGUUUUUGAGUUGAAAAUUAACAAAUGGUUAUUGAAAGAAAAUAAUAAUAAUUUAUUAUUUUGAAGAUGGCACUGUACGACAACAAAUAUUGGCUGAUGUCUCAUAUAAGAAAUUCAUUUAUUGCUACUGAUGCUACAGGCAUGUGUGAAGUUGUUAUGGUAGGUGAAGGAAAGCACCUGCAAGAAAACAUAUUUAUGAAAGAAAGUUUCAGAGACUCAGAACAAAGUGGCGAAGAAGAUGAUGAUGAGGAUGCAGGUUCAUAUGAUCUUCAAAUAAAUGCAGACUACAGCUUAAGCAGGGAAAGAUCGAUGACAGCUGCUAGACUGGAAAAACUAGAGUACCAUUCCAAAAAAGCCGCUAAAAUAAAACAUGUAAAAUGGGAGAGUAAAAGUGAUAAAAAUACCGACGACACCGCAGCUAAAGACUUGUUUGUUAUUAAAAAAAAAGAAGAUAAAUCAGACGUCAAAACUCCAAAAAAAUCAGCUUUAAGUGCCCUAAUGGAGCAAUCGACCCAUUUACCUCCUAACCCUUACAUGGAAUUCGCUAAGUUUGACGGUGCCGGGCAAAUAAACAUCCCUACAAAAAAGUACGGAAUAUUUUUGACAAUGUUACCAGAAGAUCAAAGAAACUACCCUCUUAAUGUAACCUGUAUUGCCACCGCCAAAAUACAGGAUUUGAUUGGGUUGAUUUUGUUAAAGUUCAGCACCAACUAUGCAGGCGACUAUGCAAUGAAACCCGUAUCAAAUUAUGGACUUUAUAUUACAGAAGAAGAUGGAGAAGUGGACAGUGACUUUUCGCAUUUAGAGCCCAAGGAGUGCGUUGCAAAGUUUGGAUUCACUUGCUUAGGUCUAGUAGAACAUACAGAGCCCCCAAAAGUUAUUGCACGCUCAGAUAGUUAUCAAGCUAAAACAGAUAACACAGCUUCACCUGACACCAAUGAGAAAAAAAGAACAACGUCGUCUUCUAAAGCUGAAGAAACCAAACAGAUAAGGCAUGACUUGAUGAUUAUGGAUGUCCACAAUAAAGCCAUGGAAGCCCCUUUAUAUAAAUCAUACAGGGUAUCCAUAGCUAAUAAACUUUUGUGGUGGAAUAUAGAAGUACAUCUCGGUAUAAGUAAUGAAAAAAUCGAAAUAGAUCCCAUUACUCAAAAAAAUUCAAAAUUGCAACUGGUAAAGCAAACUCCAGUGAGCCACCCUAUGGAUUGUAUAGCGUGGUGUGAAGAAACGGAGAGCCGGGGAAGUAAAAGUAAUUUUAGAGUGGUUUAUGCCUCGGGAUAUGGGAUUCCAACUACUGAUAGCUCUAAUAUGUACACACCCUCAUUUGGUGCAUCAUCUGCAUCGAUUCAGUCGUCGCCCAGCUUUAAGCACUACGACUUUGAAGCAGAAAAAUCAAUAGCAGAUGAAAUCGUCCAAAAAAUUAAUUUAAUAUUAAAACUUAGAUCAAGCCACUGUAGAAGGGAAUACUUAGCUGCUAAAGAAAAGAAACAUUUGGGCAAGCGAAAAAGUUUCAAAUAUUUAAAGCCUUAAUAAUAGAUCUUUUUUGUAUUUUUACGGUUAUAUUUAUUAACGAAAUAAAAGUAUUAUUUAUUA